UACAGGCGCUGGCAAUCUCCCCAAUAUUCUCUGCCAUAACCGCCGCUACGAGUUGUUUCGGUUGAAACCGUUGUCAUUGGCGUUAGAUAUCUCACCAUAAUCUUUGCUACACCUAGCCUCAUACAUGCUCGCUUAACCUCCCGAUUACAUCGUCCAACGCCAUAAAGAUGAGAUACAUACUCGGAGCUUCGUUUCUGGGUACUACCACUGCAACGAUAACGAUAUUAAGUUUGUACCACGUAUUUACGGGAAAGGGCGAAAAAGUUAGCAUUGCUUGGUUUCUGGGUGAAACAAGUCCCUAUAUGUGGACUACCUUGGGGAUUGGACUAGCUGUGUCACUUUCCGUUGUUGGAGCUGCUUUGGGUAUUCAUACAACAGGAACAUCAAUCGUAGGCGGCGGUGUAAAGGCGCCUCGCAUCAAGACAAAAAACUUGAUCUCAGUCAUUUUCUGUGAAGCUGUUGCUAUCUAUGGGCUUAUCACCGCGAUUGUACUCUCCCAGGGACUUGAAGACUUUUCGUGGCAGAAAGCAAUGGAUGAUCCGGACAUAAGAAGUCAUAACUGGCUCUCUGGUUAUCUAAUGUUUGGAGCUGGUUUAGCAGUUGGCCUCGUUAAUCUGUUCUGUGGUAUAGCUGUAGGAAUUGUUGGUUCCGGAGCUGCACUGUCUGAUGCCGCUAAUUCAGCUUUAUUCGUUAAAAUUCUCAUCGUAGAAAUUUUUGGCUCUGCGAUCGGGCUUUUCGGUCUAAUUGUGGGCAUCUAUAUGACUGCCAAGGUUAAGAUGGGUAACAAGCCUUAAUCACUCAAAAAAAGGAGAAUCCCGUUCGUUUCAUCAAGUAGUUGAAUAGUGCUUGAUGCAUCCCGCGAAUAUUUUUAUGAAUUAGAUCGUCGGCCAAUCAUUCAUUAACUUCGAUUGACGACGUCCGCUCUCCAGAAAAUAUCCAGAGACACGCCGCCCUUGUCUAUUUAAUUGUAUUGUUGUUAUCUUUUAAUGAUGUUGUAAGAUCAUUUAUUCAAUAAGAUUCAAAUGUAGGACAUAUAUAACUUUACUCCCUAAUGAAGUCACAUAUUUUAAGGAUUGUGACAGGAUAUUGUCAUUGGAAUAUAAAAACUAAUAAAGCAAAGAGCAAAAAAUUCUUCGAAA